CCUCUGCUUCCCUCCUCUCCUGUCCUUUCCCAUCCCCUCCCCCCUCAGCCCCCAUCCCGCUCCUCCCACCCCGGUGGUCACAUGGGGGCGCCGCCGGAUUUAAGCUUAAUCUGCCUGGUGCUCAGCACAGCAGCCUGGCUGUGGCGCGUGCUGACUGAGCUAGUCUUGGGGUCCUGGGGAAGGGGGCUGGAGGAGUGCUCACAGCCUCCCCCCCAUGACCUUGGGGCUGGCGGGGGCACAGGACGUCGAGCUGACACUAGAGACGGUUAUCCAGACACUGGAGAGCAGCGUCCUGUGCCAGGAGAAGGGCUUGGGCACGCGGGACCUGGCCCAGGACGCUCAGACCACCAGCCUGCCUGCCCGCAUCAGGGAGAUUGUCACCCGCAACCUCUCCUGGCCUGAGAGCCCAGUCCCGCUGCCAGCCACAGAGAUGGCAUCGCUGCUGUCACUGCAGGAGGAGAACCAGCUGCUGCAGCAGGAGCUGUCCCGCGUGGAGGACCUGCUGGCCCAGAGCCGUGCCGAGCGCGAUGAACUUGCCAUUAAGUACAACGCGGUCAGCGAGAGGCUGGAGCAGACUCUGCGGCUGGAGUCUGGGGAGCUGGAGACGCAGGAGCCCAGGGGGCUGGUACGGCAGAGCGUGGAGUUGCGGAGGCAGUUGCAGGAGGAGCAGGCCUCUUACCGGCGCAAGCUGCAGGCCUACCAGGAGGGCCAGCAGCGGCAGGCCCAGCUUGUACAGCGGCUGCAGGGCAAGAUUCUCCAGUACAAGAAGAGGUGCUCAGAGCUGGAGCAGCAGCUGCUGGAGAGAUCCGGAGAGCUGGAGCAGCAGCGACUGAGGAACACAGAACACAGCCAAGACCUGGAGAGCGCCCUUAUUCGGCUGGAGGAGGAGCAGCAGAGGAGUGCCAGUCUGGCCCAGGUGAAUGCCAUGCUCCGAGAACAGCUUGACCAGGCAGGCUUGGCCAACCAAGCUCUGAGUGAGGACAUACGAAAGGUGACCAGUGACUGGGCACGCAGCCGCAAGGAGCUGGAGCAGCGGGAGGCAGCAUGGAGGCGUGAGGAGGAGUCUUUCAACGCCUACUUCAGCAACGAGCACAGUCGCCUGCUCCUCCUCUGGAGGCAGGUAGUGGGGUUCCGGCGGCUGGUCAGCGAGGUGAAGAUGUUCACCGAGAGGGACCUGCUGCAGCUGGGAGGGGAGCUGGCCCGGACAUCACGAGCUGUCCAGGAGGCAGGCCUGGGACUGAGCACGGGCCUGCGGCUGGCAGAGAGCCGGACGGAGGCAGCCCUGGAGAAGCAGGCCCUGCUGCAGGCCCAGCUGGAGGAGCAGCUGCGGGACAAGGUGCUCCGCGAGAAGGACCUGGCCCAGCAGCAGAUGCAGAGCGACCUGGACAAGGCUGACCUCAGUGCCAGAGUGACAGAGCUGGGCCUGGCAGUGGAGCGUCUUCAGAAGCAGAAUCUGGAGAAGGAUCAGGUCAACAAGGACCUCACCGAGAAGCUUGAGGCCCUGGAAUCCCUGCGGCUACAGGAGCAGGCGGCCCUGGAGACAGAGGACGGAGAGGGGCUACAGCAGACCCUAAGGGACCUGGCACAGGCCGUCCUGUCGGACUCUGAGAGCGGUGUCCAGCUGAGUGGCUCCGAGCGCACGGCAGAUGCGUCCGAUGGCAGCCUGCGGGGGCUCUCGGGCCAGCGGACCCCGUCCCCACCACGGCGCUCCUCACCGGGCCGAGGCCGUUCGCCCCGCCGAGGCCCCUCCCCGGCCUGCUCAGACUCCUCCACGCUCGCCCUGAUCCACUCCGCCCUGCACAAGCGCCAGCUGCAGGUCCAGGACAUGCGUGGGCGCUAUGAGGCAAGCCAGGACCUGCUGGGCACCCUGCGGAAGCAGCUUAGCGACAGCGAGAGUGAACGGCGGGCCCUAGAGGAACAGCUGCAGCGCCUGCGGGACAAGACCGAUGGCGCCAUGCAGGCCCAGGAGGACGCCCAGCGCGAGGUGCAGCGGCUGCGGAGUGCCAACGAGCUCCUGAGCAGGGAGAAGAGCAACCUGGCCCACAGCCUGCAGGUGGCCCAGCAGCAGGCCGAGGAGCUGCGGCAGGAGCGUGAGAAGCUGCAGGCUGCCCAGGAGGAGCUGCGGCGCCAGCGGGACCGGCUGGAGGAAGAGCAGGAGGACGCGGUGCAGGAUGGCGCGCGGGUGCGCCGGGAGCUUGAGCGCAGCCAUAGACAACUAGAGCAGCUGGAAGGGAAGCGCUCAGUCCUGGCCAAGGAGCUGGUGGAGGUGAGGGAGGCGCUGAGCCGCGCCACGCUGCAGCGGGACAUGCUGCAGGCCGAGAAGGCCGAGGUGGCCGAGGCGCUGACCAAGGCUGAGGCUGGCCGCGUGGAGCUCGAGCUCUCCAUGACCAAGCUGAGGGCAGAGGAGGCCUCCCUGCAGGACUCCCUGUCCAAGCUGAGCGCCCUCAACGAGAGCCUUGCUCAGGACAAGCUGGAUCUGAACCGCCUUGUUGCCCAGCUGGAGGAAGAAAAGGCCGCCCUGCAGGGCCGGCAGCGGCAGGCAGAGCAGGAGGCCACAGUGGCGCGGGAAGAGCAGGAGCGGCUGGAGGAGCUGCGGUUGGAGCAGGAGGUGGCGCGGCAGGGCCUGGAGGGCUCCCUACGCGUGGCGGAGCAGGCCCAGGAGGUGCUGGAGCAGCAACUCCCCACGUUGCGCCAUGAGCGCAGCCGGCUGCAGGAGCAGCUAGCGCAGCUCUCCCGGCAGCUGAGCGGGCGGGAGCAGGAGCUGGAGCAGGCCCGGCGGGCGGCCCAGCGGCAGAUGGAGGCGCUGGAGCGAGCGGCCCGGGAGAAGGAGGCGCUAGCCAAGGAGCGCGCUGGCCUGGCUGUGCAGCUGGCGGCUGCGGAGCGUGAAGGCAGGACCCUGUCAGAGGAGGCCACGCGCCUGCGCUUGGAGAAGGAAGCCCUGGAGGGCAGCCUGUUUGAGGUGCAGCGGCAGCUGGCCCAGCUUGAGGCCCGCCGGGAGCAUCUGGAAGCCGAGGGGCAGGCCCUGCUGCUGGCCAAGGAGACCCUUACUGGGGAGUUGGCGGGCCUGCGGCAGCAAAUAAUAGCUAUACAGGAGAAAGCCAGUCUAGACAAGGAGCUGAUGGCCCAGAAGCUGGUACAGGCUGAGCGGGAGGCCCAGGCCUCUCUGCGGGAGCAGCGGGCAGCCCACGAGGAGGACUUGCAGCGACUCCAGCGCGAAAAGGAGGCAGCAUGGCGAGAGCUGGAGGCCGAGCGGGCCCAGCUGCAGAGUCAGCUGCAGCGUGAGCAGGAGGAGCUGCUGGCCCGGCUGGAGGCCGAGAAGGAAGAGCUGAGUGAGGAGAUUGCUACCCUGCAGCAGGAGCGCGACGAGGGCCUCCUCCUGGCUGAGAGCGAGAAGCAGCAGGCCUUGUCUCUGAAGGAGUCUGAGAAGACGGCGCUGUCAGAGAAGUUGAUGGGUACACGGCACAGCCUGGCCACCAUCUCCCUGGAGAUGGAGCGGCAGAAACGAGAUGCCCAGAGCCGGCAGGAGCAGGACCGGAGCACCGUGAACGCUCUGACGUCCGAGCUGCGGGACCUACGGGCCCAGCUGGAGGAGGCUGUUGCAGCCCACGCCCAGGAGGUGAGGAGGCUGCAAGAGCAGGCCCAAGACCUGGGCAAGCAGCGGGACUCCUGUCUUCGCGAGGCAGAAGAGCUUCGGACCCAGCUGCGUCUGCUGGAGGAUGCCCGUGAUGGGCUGCGGCGGGAGCUGCUGGAGGCCCAGCGCAAGCUGCGUGAGAGCCAGGAGGGCCGGGAGGUGCAGCGCCAGGAGGCAGGCGAGCUGCGGCGCAGCCUGGGCGAGGGCGCCAAGGAGCGCGAGGCCCUGCGGCGCUCCAACGAGGAGCUUCGAGCCGCUGUGAAGAAGGCAGAAAGCGAGCGCAUCAGCCUGAAGCUUGCCAAUGAGGACAAGGAGCAGAAGCUGGCACUCCUAGAGGAGGCACGGACAGCCGUGGGCAAGGAGGCCGGGGAGCUGCGAACUGGGCUGCAGGAGGUGGAGCGCUCGCGGCUGGAAGCUCGGCGGGAGCUGCAGGAGCUCCGGCGUCAGAUGAAGAUGCUGGACAGUGAGAACACUAGACUGGGCCGGGAGCUGGCGGAGCUGCAGGGCCGCCUGGCACUGGGCGAGCGGGCAGAGAAGGAGAGCCGGCGGGAGACCCUGGGCCUCCGGCAGAGGCUGCUGAAGGGCGAGGCCAGCCUGGAGGUGAUGCGGCAGGAGCUCCAGGUAGCCCAGCGGAAGCUGCAGGAACAAGAAGGCGAGUUCCGGACCCGCGAGCGACGCCUGCUGGGCUCCCUGGAGGAGGCGCGUGGCACUGAAAAGCAGCAGCUGGACCACGCCCGCGGCCUAGAGCUGAAGCUGGAGGCGACGCGGGCCGAGGCUGCAGAGCUGGGCCUGCGGCUGAGCGCAGCCGAGGGCCGGGCACAAGGCCUGGAAGCCGAGCUGGCCCGCGUGGAGGCGCAGCGGCGCGCGGCGGAGGCCCAGCUGGGUGGCCUGCGCUCGGCUCUGCGCCGGGGCCUCGGCCUCGGUCGCGCGCCCAGCCCAGCCCCGCGGCCGGUGCCCGGCUCCCCUGCCCGGGACGCAGCCGCAGGAGGAAGUGGGGACGGGCUCAGCAGCCCCAGCAACUUAGAAUGCAGCCCUGGGUCCCAGCCACCAUCUCCAGGACCUGCCACCUCCCCGGCUCCUCCAGACCUGGACCCGGAGACCGUGCGCGGGGCCCUCCAGGAAUUUCUGCAGGAGCUGCGCAGUGCCCAGAGAGAACGGGAUGAUCUUCGGACCCAGACCAGUGCCCUGAGUCACCAGCUGGCUGAGAUGGAGGCUGAGAGAGACCACGCAACCUUGAGGGCCAGGCAGCUGCAGAAGGCGGUGGCUGAGAGUGAGGAAGCCCGGCGCAGUGUGGAUGGGCGGCUGAGCGGGGUCCAGGCGGAGAUGGCGCUGCAGGAGGAGAGUGUGCGGCGCAGUGAGCGGGAGCGCCGGGCCACGCUGGACCAGAUAGCCACACUGGAGAGGAGCCUGCAGGCCACCGAGAGCGAGCUCCGGGCCAGCCAGGAGAAGAUCAGCAAGAUGAAGGCCAAUGAGACAAAGCUGGAGGGCGACAAGCGGCGCCUGAAGGAGGUCCUGGACGCCUCCGAGAGCCGCACCGUCAAGCUGGAGCUGCAGCGGCGCUCACUUGAGGGGGAGCUGCAGCGCAGCCGCCUGGGCCUGAGUGAUCGUGAGGCCCAAGCCCAGGCCCUCCAGGAUCGGGUGGACUCCCUGCAGAGACAGGUGGCAGACAGCGAGGUGAAGGCAGGGACCCUGCAGCUGACCGUGGAGCGGCUGAACGGGGCCCUGGCCAAGGUGGAGGAAAGCGAGGGGGCCCUGCGGGACAAGGUGCGGGGCCUGACAGAGGCCCUAGCCCAGAGCAGUGCCAGCCUCAACAGCACCCAGGACAAGAACCUGCAUCUACAGAAGGCUCUGACCGCCUGUGAACACGACCGCCAAGUGCUCCAGGAACGGCUGGAUGCUGCCCGGCAGGCAUUAUCUGAGGCACGGAAGCAAAGCAGCUCUCUGGGCGAGCAGGUGCAGACGUUGCGAGGCGAGGUGGCUGACCUGGAGCUGCAGCAGGUGGAGGCCGAGGGCCAGCUACAACAGCUACGGGAGGUGCUGCGGCAGCGGCAGGAGGGUGAGGCUGCAGCCCUGCACAUGGUCCAGAAGCUGCAAGAUGAGCGGCGGCUGCUGCAAGAGCGCCUGGGCAGCCUGCAGCGCGCCCUGGCUCAGCUGGAAGCCGAGAAGCGGGAGGUGGAGCGCUCAGCCCUGCGGCUGGAGAAGGACCGUGUAGCCCUCAGGAGGACGCUGGACAAGGUGGAGCGGGAGAAGCUUCGUAGCCAUGAGGACACAGUGCGGCUGAGCGCAGAGAAGGGCCGCCUGGACCGCACCCUCACGGGAGCUGAGCUGGAGCUGGCAGAGGCGCAGAGGCAGAUCCAGCAGCUGGAGGCGCAGGUGGUGGUGCUGGAGCAGAGCCACAGCCCAGCCCAGCUGGAGGUAGAUGCGCAGCAGCAGCAGCAUCUGGAGCUGCAGCAGGAGGUGGAGCGGCUGCGCAGUGCCCAGGUGCAGACUGAGCGCACGCUGGAGGCUCGGGAGCGGGCCCACCGCCAGAGGGUGCGUGGGCUGGAGGAGCAGGUGUGCAGGCCCCCUCGGAAGGCUGGGCCAGGAUCCUGUGUGGGGCUGGAGGAAGAGGAGAGACCCAGUCAAGACCUCGUGGGUGUCCACACUGAAGGGACAGUUGCAGCAGGAGCUUCGAAGGAGCUCAGCACCCUUCUCCCCACCCUCCGGCCCCCCAGAGAAAUGAGCCCCUGCUGGCAUCUGGAAAAAGGCCCUAUGCCCGGGACAGGGGAGGGCCCUCCUUUUGGACAGCCCACCCCCAGAGCCCAAUCCCUUGGGGGCCUCAAGCUAGGGUGGGAUGAGGAGGUGCUCCGCUGGCAGUGCUGAGGAGGGGUACUCCAGCUCCAGGCCUGGCGAGGCUUCCCGGCAUCGCCUGCGGGCCCCACCUCAGUCCAGCCUCCCUCUUCCAGGAUGAGCCACUGUAGAUAGUACAAGUUCCUCCUUGAGGGGCUGAGCCGUAGCCAGGGUUGGGGAGAGCCCUCGUCUCUGGUCAGCCCUGGAGCAAGGGUUCGUGGGAAAGAGGAGAGGGGCCAGGCCCAGGGCAGGGGUCAGAGGCCCAGUCCCUGACUCUGGCUUCCCAGGGAUCUGUCUGCCUUAGUUGAGAGUGUGUGUCAGGAAAUUCCUCAGAGUGCUCAGAGUCCCUGUAUUUUUAUACCUUUUUACAAUGUUAACUGUUGAGAACUGUUUUUUGUAACAAGACCUCCUUUUCUAAAAAGUU